AUGUCCUCCCUGGACUAUGAUGAAGCAACCUCCUUCCUGGGAGAAAAGGGACCCUUCCAGAUCAGCAUCUUUUUCCUCCUCAGCCUCAGCAUUGUGCCCAACGGGUAUGUUGGCAUGUCCAUGGUCUUUCUUGCAGACACGCCUGAAUUCCAAUGCAAGUCGCCUCAGCUGAAUGGCACAAGUGAAAACUCCAGCAGGACAGAAUAUGAAGCUGACAAAGGAAAUGGCACUAACGGCUGCCUGCAGCACUGGAAUCAGAACGGCAGCAGUGAGCCGUGUGUGGAUGGAUGGAAGUACAGUACAGAGCGCUACGAGUCUACUAUAGUGACUGAGUGGGACCUGGUCUGUGGAGAUGCCUGGAAGGUUCCCUUCAGUCUGUCCAUCUUUUUCUUUGGGGUGCUAUUGGGAUCGUUCAUAUCUGGAGAACUAUCUGACAGGUUUGGCCGGAAGACGGUCCUGUUUGCCACCAUGGGUGCCCAGGUUGUGUCUAGUCUGCUCCAAGUUGCUUCUGUCAACUGGGAAAUGUUCUGUGUGUUAUUCUGUCUUGCUGGAUUUGGUCAGAACUCCAACUACAUGGCAGCCUUUGUGUUAGGCUCAGAGUUGCUGGGGAAGGACUUGCGGCUGGCUUUCUCUGUACUGGGAGUGUGUGCCUUCUAUGCAUUGGGUUAUGCUCUCCUCCCUCUCUUUGCUUAUUUUUUGAGGAGUUGGAGGAUCCUGCUGACAGCCCUUUCCCUGCCUGCACUACUCUACAUUCCCCUCUGGUGGUUUAUUCCAGAAUCUCCUCGCUGGCUGCUGUCCAAAGGCCGGGUUGAAGAAGCGGAGAACAUCAUUAGAGCAGCAGCAAAGAAAAAUGGAAUCACUCCACCUGAAAUUAUAUUUAAGGAUUCAAAAUUUAUCAUCUCUGAGUCCAAAGAUUCUGGUGCCACUUACACGUACAUGGAUCUAAUCAGGACCCCCAAGAUCAGGAAUUUAACUCUGCUGAACAGUGUUGUAUGGUUCACCAUCACCAUCAGCUACUUCGGACUUUGUUUGAACACUCCCAACAUGAUCGGGGACCCGUACCUAAACUGUCUGUUCUCAGCUCUCACUGAGAUGGCGGCGUACGCUCUGACCUGGCUUCUGAUCAAAAUGCUCCCAAGGCGAGCGCUCAUCACCGGCCCGCUGCUGAUGGGUGGAUUCGUCUUGCUGCUCAUCUUGGCCGUACCUCGAGAAUAUGGUGGUGUGACUGUGGCACUGGCCAUGGUGGGUAAGCUUGGGGUCACGGCAGCCUUCUCUGUCCUGUACAUCUCGACUGCGGAACAGUUUCCGACUGCAAUGCGUGGAAUGGGCAUGGGCAUCUGCAGCAUGUUCUCGAAGGUUGGCAGCACCAUCUCUCCAUUCUUCCCCUACUUUAGCUAUUAUGAUCAGGUUCUGCCCUACAUUCUGAUGGGAGUGCUGACACUGUUAGCCGGGCUGCUGAGCACUCUGAUGCCAGAGACACGAGGCAUUCCCCUCCCUGAGGCUCUCUCACAAGUGCAGACACUAAACUGGUGGUGGUGUAGAACGGGACGGCAUGGAAAGAGUCACAGACCAGAGAAAACACACGUCUAUCAGGCAACCAAGCUUUGACGUCAGUAGUCAACCCUCUGAUCCUGUUCAGGCAUAUGGACUUUCUA